AUGGGACGCACCCGCAAAGGUGAACCUCCUAAGACCCCCAGGGGUCCCCAACUGAGCCAGUCGCAAGGUCCAAUGGACGAAUACCUGCAUAACACCACAGAUACACGUGGCGAGGCCUCGGGAUCCAAGAUGGCGCCCACCUCAGCCGUGCCUGGAGCUCCCUCUGCCUCAACCCUGGAAGGCAUCGGAGAGGAACUCCGCACCAUUGCGGCCUCCAUGGCCACAAAAGCCGAUCUCCUGGUGCUUACCACCACCAUUCAGGAUGCACUACGGGCCGAAAUUGCAGGCAUCCGGACGGAGGUAACCGCACAGGGGCACCGAAUACAGGCUGUGGAACACUCACAUGAGGCCUACACAGCCAGGCUGGCAUCCACUGACACGGCGCUAGCCAGACAGGGUGACCUACUCCUACAACUCCGCAGAACUGCCGAGGACCUCGACAAUCGCGGACGCCGCUGUAACAUAAGGGUGCGCGGCGUUCCAGAGACAGAAGGGGACGAAGAUAUCGAAAGCUCCCUAACGGCCCUCUUCAGCCUGAUACUACCUGGAGAUGACCUGAUGAAAAUCCGAUAUGACAGGGCCCACAGGGCCUUAAAUCCCCGCUCCAUAGAAGAUGGCCCCCGAGAUAUUAUUUGUUGCCUCCAUUCAUUCUCCGUAAAAAAUGCCAUUAUAAAAGCUGCCAGAAACCAACCCACAUGGGAAUACCGAGGGGCGCAAAUAUCAUUAUUCAACGAUUUGUCGCCGGUUACACUGGAAGCCAGGAGGGCCCUGAGACCUGUCACCUCACUUCUCCGGGAACGCAACAUCCCCUAUAAAUGGGGCUUCCCUUUUGCCCUGUCAGCUCGACAUCAAAAUGGAUGGGUGUCACUACGUGGGCCGAAUGAGGUUCCAAGGUUUCUAGAAGAUUUGGGCCUCCCGCCCGUACAGGUACCCGACUGGAUUCUGGGGCCUCUGGACGCAGGCCCGAGACCACAACGCGCACCCCGCCGACGGAGGGGGAGAUCUCCACCAGAACCCCCUGGACGGAAUAUUCAUGA